AUGAAGGCACUCACAGUAUUGUCUUUAGCUAGUCUAGCAUCCGCUCAAGUAGCGCCGUACGGACAAUGUGGAGGGAGUGGAUAUACAGGUUCAACUGUUUGUGAGACGGGGUGGGUAUUUCACCGCGAGAAUGGUGGUGGUGACAGAAGAAGCCGAAGUAACCCCCUUGCAGGAUCUUCCUCGUCUACUACACUAUCUGCAACUACGACAAGCACCUCAACCCGCUCUUCGACCUCUUCAACCAAGACAACGACCUCUAUAACUUCAUCUUCGUCUUCAUCCGCCAUCGUGUCCUCCACUGACUUCCCCAGCGUCACGGGCCUAAAUUUCACCAUUGAUGGAGAAACAAACUAUUUUGCCGGGACCAACGCCUACUGGAUCGGCUUCCUCACGGAUGAUGAUGAUGUCGAUCUUGUGAUGACACAUCUCAACGAAUCAGAUCUCCGUAUACUGAGGGUCUGGGGAUUCAACGACGUUAACACUGUGCCCUCUUCAGGAACGGUAUACUAUCAACUUCUCACCGACGGCACGGCUACAAUAAACACAGGCUCCGACGGGCUUGAGAGACUUGACUAUGUUGUCUCAUCGGCGGAGAAACAUAAUAUCAAGCUGAUCAUUAAUUUUGUGAACAAUUGGUCAGACUACGGUGGUAUGGCUGCGUAUGUUACCGCCUAUGGUGGUACUCAGACGGGUUGGUAUACAGAUGAUGAUAUUCAAGCUGCCUAUCGUAAUUACAUCUCGGCUGUUGUUUCACGUUAUAUUGACUCACCAGCAAUAUUGGCGUGGGAGCUAGCCAAUGAGCCUCGUUGUCAAGGUUGUGAUACAUCUGUGAUCUACGACUGGGUCAAAUCCACCAGCGCCUAUAUCAAAUCUUUGGAUUCAAAUCAUCUCCUGAAGAGACUGGAUCACGCUAACUCUACACCGACAGAGGGAUUUGGGCUAGAUACCGAUUCUGACGGAAGCUAUCCAUACACCAUUGGUGAAGGCUUGAACUUCACCUUGAACCUGGGAAUUGAAACUAUUGACUUCGCCACAUUUCACUUGUACCCUGACAGCUGGGGCACUACGGAUGCAUGGGGAGAUGGAUGGAUCACGGCACACGGAGCUGCAUGUGCAGCUAUUGGAAAGCCAUGUAUUCUAGAAGAAUACGGUGUCACCUCUAACCACUGCAGUGUGGAGGCACCAUGGCAAAGCACAGCCCUCGACACCAAAGGUGUGACUGCGGAUAUGUUUUGGCAGUACGGUGACACCUUGAGUACUGGCGAGACAUCGGAUGAUGGGAACACUAUAUACUAUGGCUCUUCUGAUUUUACGUGUCUCGUGACAGAUCAUGUCGCUGCCAUAUGA